CAGCGGAUGUGUUCUGUCAGAGGCAGUCCUGCUGUGUUUCUCCUCCAUCUCUCGCCCCCUCACUCGGUCUCAGUAUUAAUAGGCAGGAUCCUGCCGGAACCAGCGGACAUGCGCGUUGCAGGAGGAGAGGAAGCGUUUGCGCGGUGUCCCAGUGAAAAAGAGAUGUUUAGUGUCGACUCCAUGAUCACUUAACUGUGCUGACAAACUCGUGUUCUGCUCGCUUGUGUUCGUAGAGAGGCGUCAGGAGUCGUUUUCCUCUCUCUCGGUUUAGCUUCUGAUGAAUUAUUCAACUCUUUGCCGCAUUUGGAGCUGUUGCUUUCCUACGGAGAAAGAGUGUUCACAUUUCGGGGUUUUUUCUGGAAAUUGAUUGACCCCCCCGCCGCCACCCUGAAGUUCAUCGUAGUCAUCUUGGCCGCCGGGAUGGUGGCCUUCAUCGGAGCGGUUAUCUGCAUCAUCGCGGCUGUCCACACCGGGUCCUCCAAGGCUGCCGCGGCGCAGCGGCAGCCCGCGGCCGACAACCACUCGCUGUAUCCGGACGCGGUCGCGCAGACUCCCGCUGCCGCGAGGGGCUCCGUGGCCCGGCCCGGAUCCCUGGGAGCUCUCCACGGUUCUGAAACGCCCGAAUCCGAAGCGCCCACCUUCGACGUCGGGCUUGGCGGGACGGACGGGGUCAGUGGACUCACGGGACACGACCCCGCGGUGAGUCGGCUCAUCUGCACCCCGGUCCCCGCCGGAGGAUGCAACCCCAGGAACUUUCAGCAGCAGGCGGACGACCCGUCGCUGUACGCCGGGGAAGACUGGGGCUACCUCCGGACCACGGCGGAGGAGCUCCGGCAGACGGUUCUGCAGCAGAAGGACCAGAUUUUAACCGACAAGCGGACCAUCAGGGAGCUGUCGGGGAAGCUGACCGAGUGCGAGAAGGGGCUCGGGGGAAGGAGCGGCAGCCCGGACAGACGCGGGAACGCCGCCGCGCUGAGAGGCGAAAAGGGAGCCGAGGGGGAGAUCCACUUGGAGCGGAUGAUGGUGCGGGACAGCCCGGGUACUGCGCCCGACGGGGUCCAUCUGCUCACGGUUGGAACUGUGGAUGAGCUCGAACAGGCGAUCACCCAACUCAAAGACCGCAUAGACAGACUGGAGACAGACAUUGGUCCGUUUUCUCACAACCGCACGGACAGCAAGUCCUCGGACGCAUCAGAGGAGGGCGAGCCAGAGAGGUCAGCCUCUCCGGGCCGCGGCGCCGGUCCUGACAGGCCCUGGGGGGUGGAGGACCUGGAAGAGGAGCUGGAGAGGAAGGUGGAGCUGCUGGAGAAGGAGAGGAAAGCCCUGAGGCUGGAGGCAGCGAAACACAGACAGGAAAUUGACCAGGGCAUCAGCAAACUACAGCACCGCGUUUCAGGCCUGGAGGAAGGCGACGCAGGGCUUUCGUUCCCGGAGGGGUACAGGUUGUCCUUCCCGGCUCGGACAAACUACAUGUUCGCCCUGAUGAGACACGCCGUCCCCAAGCUGCGGGCCUUCACCGCCUGCCUGUGGCUGCGGCCCGCCGCGGCAGGGAUCGGGACGCCCCUGUCUUACGCUGUCGCCGAGCAACCGAACGAGUUGGUGCUCCUGCAAGACCGGAGCGCUCCGGCUGAGCUGCUCAUCGACGACAAGGUGGCGAAGCUGCCUCUGAACCUCUCUCGAGGCAGCUGGCAGCAUGUCUGUGUGAGCUGGACCCAGAAAGGUGGAGCAUGGCAGGCCUACCAGGGAGGAAAGUUGAGGGGCGAGGGCCACGGACUGGCCCCGGGACAUCACAUCAGGCCUGGGGGAGAGCUAGUCCUCGGGCAAGAGCAGGAUUCCCUGGGUGGCGGUUUCGAUUCGACCCAGGCCUUCGUCGGAGAGCUGUCCCAGGUGGGCCUGUGGGAUCGGGUCCUGUCGGCCGCCCAGGUCGCCAGCCUGGCUCGAUGCAGCAGAGUAACUCAGGGCGUUGUGGUCCUCUGGAGCGAAAACAAGGUGCAAGUUUACGGCGGAGCCACCAAAGACCCCGGGGAGCCUUGCAGUAAACACAGCAAAAGCUCCCAGUGACCAGUGGAGAGAGGAUCGCAGAAAAGAUUCAAUUCACCAACUAUCGCUGAUUCAGUAUGUCAACAAAAACAUAAAUAGCAAGGCGACAUAAGAGAGUCAUAAUCUUAGCAACUUUUCUGGGGUAUUUCUGAAGGUAAAACGGUGCACUGCAACACCACACAUUAUUUACACAUAAAUGCAGCUGGAACUUUAGUUAAAUGUUAAAAUGUUUAAGCUUGGGUUUGCUUAGUUUGAAGUCAGAACAGGAAGAUGAAGAUGAUUUCAGAUUCUCAGCAACCCUCCUGACAAUUUGAUCAAGAAAAACAAAUCUAUACUUUACCUGCCUGCUAGCUUUUCUGUCUACUUGUUUACUGUAAGCGUGUUCAAAUUCAGGGGCCGCAUUCUUCAAAGGACAUAUGGCGGAAAAAUUGAACAGUCUGGCCUUUCGAUUUACCCUUUACAUCUGCGUGUGCCCUGUCGCCUAGCAACCAUGACGGCGCCAAACACAAGCUAGCAAGAAUGUAACUCGAAAUGCUCCUGGGCUUUUUUGUAAACCGUUUACAAUCUAUUUGAAUCUUAUUCAUUAAUUAGAUUAAUGAAAUCAACGGGUGUCAGUGGAAGUGCGAAGGAUUCAACGUCCUUCAAAUCCAGGAGGAAGGAGGAUGAAGGUCUGGGGGACUCGGAGGAGUCUUUGAAUUUGGAGCACGGUCGUCAAAUGCGGCCUUCAACAGAUGUAGCCCCUGAAUUUGGAUUCAAAUGUUUAAUUGAGCUGAUUUUCAGUUUGAAUGUUCACUGUAAUUUUAUUUUUACAUUAUCCAUAAUUGUGACAUUUAUAAUAGUGACUCUUUAUAAAAGACUAUAAAAUAUAUUUUAAUGCAUCGGAGCCAGCAAAGUGAGUUAAUGUUGGCCUGCUAAUGCUAACCUGUGAUUUUUAGGCUCAUUAAAAAUAUCUGAUGCAGUAAUUCUGCUGUUCCUGUGCCUCAUAAACGAGAAUAUAGAGAUAAUCAGUAAAAGGUUUUAAAACUUUUUCCAACUCCAGUGUCAAAGAAAUUUUACAACAGAAAUUAUAAACUAUAGGUGCCAUUUUCUCUUUUUUUAUUAUUAUUUGUACACAAAGAACUCCUACAAAUUUAAUUUAGAACAAAAUAAUUAGAAUUAUUUCAUGAGUACGAUCUAGAAACUUUAGCAAACUGAAAUAUGUCCAUCACUUGUGAGAUUUUAACCACAGACAGGUGAAAUGAACAACACUGACCUGUUAGUGUCUUGGAUAAAGGAUUUUUUUUUGUUCUCAUCGCAGUGUGUUAGCAGCAUAAAAAAUUGGGUCAGCGUUUACAUUUUGAACAACUCUGACAAAGGCCCAAUGGCUAGACUGGGUCGGAGCAUCGGCAAAGCUGCAGCUCCAGCUCCUGCAGGGAGUUCUGGGCUUCUGGUGGUUAUUGAAAGGGAAAGGGAAAGGGGAAAAAAAAACAGUGCCGAACCAGCAUCAAUGUGGAUGUUGGUUUGAAUUGUACCACGAACUGGAGAGUUGUUGCAGACCAGGAACACAUUAACAAAAUUUCUUGAUGGCUAUGGCCUCUUUAAGCAAAGGUGGUGGAACAUUUUGCCACAAAUUGAGACAGGCUUAAGAGCUCAAACAUGGCGGAUGACGACUGUUUUGGCAGCAAAAGCGGGAUAAAGUCGCUAUCACGUGAUCCGAUCAGUGUGCUUCUAACUGCAGUCCACUGUAUAUUGUAUGAAAAGCAAAAAAAAAAAAAAAAACUCCCUCAGAUAUGAUCUGGUAAUAAAACUUUGAAGCUGCUGUUAAGUCAAGUCGUUACACGUUUCAAACCAAAUCAAGUUGCGUAUCCCCAACUUGUUAUCCUGCUGAUGUUUUAUGUAUAUCAAUGAGAAUACUCACUGGAGAAUUUUUCAAGUCCUGUGUUUGAAACCGGCCAGCUACACCCAUCCACUUUCAAGAUCUCUACAGCUAACAAGAUGUGAAGAGUGAACAUUUUGAACACAGUUGGCUAAUCAGAACUUGUGAAAUUCUAGCACAGAGGCUAUUAGCUCCUUCUCUCUGAGCUAACCGGCCGAUAGCUCAUUUUCUCUGAGCUAACAGGCCAAUAGCUCCUUCUCUCUGAGCUAACCGGCCGAUAGCUCAUUUUCUCUGAGCUAACAGGCCAAUAGCUCCUUCUCUCUGAGCUAACCGGCCGUUAGCUCAUUCUCUCUGAGCUAACCAGCCGUUAGCUCCUUCUCUCUGAGCUAACAAUCCAUUAGCUCAUUUUCUCUGAGCUAACCGGCCGAUAGCUCCUUCUCUCUGAGCUAACCAGCCGAUAGCUCCUUCUCUCUGAGCUAACCGGCCGUUAGCUCCUUCUCUCUGAGCUAACAAUCCAUUAGCUCCUUCUCUCUGAGCUAACCGGCCGAUAGCUCCUUCUCUCUGAGCUAACCGGCUGUUAGCUCCUUCUCUCUGAGCUAACCGGCCGUUAGCUCCUUCUCUCUGAGCUAACAAUCCAUUAGCUCCUUCUCUCUGAGCUAACCGGCCGAUAGCUCCUUCUCUCUGAGCUAACCGGCUGUUAGCUCCUUCUCUCUGAGCUAACCGGCCGUUAGCUCCUUCUCUCUGAGCUAACAGGCCGAUAGCUCCUUCUCUCUGAGCUAACAAGCUAUUAGCUUAUCCUCUCUGAGUUAACAGGCUAUUAGCUAAACUUCUCUGAGCUGAAGAAUUAUUUUCUAACAGCUCUGAAUGUCUGAACUUACUCCCCUAACUGUGACCACAGUUUAACAAAUCACUCAGUGACGCAGAGUAGACUAAGAGAACAGUGAAUUUGCUUAUUUCAGACAGCACUCACUUCAUUUUCCAACAAGUGUUUCAUAAGUGUUUUCGGUUUGGUGUCAGUCGAGGUUUAGCAGAAACGAGCCUCUCAAAGCACAGUGCCAAGGUUAAUAUCUUAACUUCAUGUAUUCAUAUUCUAUUUUGCAAGAUAUGUGUAUAUAUAUAUUUUUUUUCUGAAUGACUAAAAAUAGUGAUCCAGUGUCAUUUAAUGUCUGCGCACUCCAGACACCGUCGUGUGCUUAACUUCUUGAAAGCUUGUACUGAAUCCAGUGAGUUCCGAGUCUGAGCCGUCGUCUUCCAGCUGAGAGCUCCAUGUGGGAAGCGUGAAGUUGAAUAGGGGGCAGCUGGAAUCCCUCCAUUUGUGCACCAGGCUUGAAGUGGUAUUAUCUAAGGGCUGUGACAGCUUCAGAGCUCGGAGUCAAGGUGAGGCGGUGAAAAAAUGUUGGAGAAAGUGUUGGGAAUAUUAAAGCAGCGGAUGGCAGCCUGGAGUCGAUGAUGAAAGCUAGAGGAAAACAGGAGAAUGAGGGGGAAGAUGGAUCAGAUGUGAAUGAUGUUGCAUUGUUUUUCUCUUCUGCAUGAUGUAAUCUAGAACUGAUAAUGUCUUGCCACUGCAAAGUGUCGCGGACUAGGUCGUUGCGUUUUACAUUCCUGCAGGGUGGCUGUGUUUGUCUUUCUGAGAGUGACUUUUAGUGUCUGAUGCAUUUAUUAUGGACUUGACCAACUUUUGAGAACUGCUAACCUAAACUCUUCUUUUUUCAUUAUUAAAUAUGUGGUGUUACAUUACAUCUGAUAUGUAUGAGAUAUGUUGAUGCAAUGUUCAAAGUUGUAAAAUUUGAAAUGUUUUUAAAUGUUCUACAUGCAUCAGGAGCUGCAAUUCCGUUCACCACAUAAUUUUUUGCAAAUUAACACGUUUUUGAUGAAAAGAUUUUUGAGCAUUGAACUCACCGUAUUUUGCAAAAGUGCAAUGGAAACACUUUUUUCCCCGCGUCACACGAGUCAUGUGACCAAUAACCAAUCAUUAUUGUUAAAAGUGGAGAAGACAGGAAGUGAUAGGAGGAGGAUGACGUGGCAUGUUGUUUUUUAUUUGUUUUGUAUCGCGUGAACAAACUCGUUCACGUGAUUCUUAAUUCAGGAAAAUCUAGCAAUUGAGACAUUUUAAUUUUGCGACAAAAUUUGCGCACUGUUCGUAACGGAAACGCAGCUUCUGAUAAAUAAAUCCAAAAUCUUUUCACCAUUUAAAAAAAAAAAAAAGAGAGAGAAGACAUUCCAUGCAUGAACGCCGCAGAGUUAGAAUGCCUUGCUAAACUUUCCUUUCCCUUCAUGCCAAACUAACUCCUAUUAACACCAGAAUCUUCUGGUAUAAACAAGUUGUUCAUUUCAAAGUGUCUUUAAAAAAAUAGAAGCUGAUUUUAUUUUACUACUCACGGUGGAAAGUGCCUGUCAGGGGUGUUUGUACCCGUGUACCGUCGCCAUCUUUAAUAUCCUGAAGAUGUUUUUAGCUAAUUAAGCAUCGUUAAGGUCCCCGGUGACACUGCGAAAUGAAAGCAGUUUGAUCAAAGUUUUACAGCAUCAUAAACACAGUACGUGAAGCUUCUGCACGGCGCCACCGAACUAACAAGUCAAAACCGUCUUGUUGUGCCUCUGUUCGUCUAGUGUCUUUGAUAUUGGUGUCUGUUCAGCUCAUGCCAGAACUUUUUAGGGCUUUUCUUCUUCUUCUUUUUAUUGUAAUGUCAUUGUGUUUAUGAUAUAUGAAACUGAAAGCUAUUGUUGGAGAUACUUUUGUUGCCAUUAUGCUCUAUGAUCUACGUUGAUUGCACAAGUCCACGUCCUGUAUGGUGUCGUAUUGUUCUGAACACGUGCUGUGUACAAAACUCUGAAUCUUUAUUAAAGUUGUGAUAUUUUGGAGGAA